AUGACCCUGGAGCUAACUCUGCUCCGCUACCAGUGCAGUUGGUGUGCGCUGGUGGUCCUGUGGUUUUCAAGCGCCUUGGCGGUGGAGGUAAAGCUGGAACUGGACGAUUUGGCCGAUCCAUUGGGGUCCGACGUCGACAUGGAUUGUUCGGACAUGUCCAGCAUCAAAAAGAACUAUGAAUUCAAAGCCAGGUUCGUAGGUGUGGAUGCGAGCGAUCAGUUCGCGGCCUUCCACCGGCCACGCGUCUACGGACGAUUGCAACAGUUUCUCGUCGGACAGGUCAUUGAUGACGACAAGCACUUGCCAAGCAAGGCCACAGCAGAUUAUCGUGCAUUGCGGAAGCGACUUUGGCGUGAGGGUUGGUUCGCUCCAGAUCUCUCGUUUUAUGUGAACAAAGCAAUAGUUUGCGUUCUUCUUUUUGCUCUAGCCAUCGGGUUGGUGACUCUGGAAGCUCCAACCUGGAAGCUCCUGCGCACCCUGUUGGCAGGAGCGGUUCUCGGGAUUGCGUGGCAACAGGUGGCGUUUAUGGCGCACGAUGCCGAUCACUAUGGAAUUACGACUCCACGAAGUGGAGCCUCGUUCAAUCCAUUGGCGUGGUUCCUUGCAAGCGUGUUGUUCGGAAUCUCCAGAUGCAUGUGGAAUGAGGAGCAUUCAUUGCACCACGCAAUCACUUUGCGGCCUCAGGAAGACCCACAGUUUAACUACUUGCCGAUCUGGCUGAUCUCCAAGAAGGAGUUGGACGUACCGGGCACGAAAGUCGACUUCCUGACACGAACCUUGGUCUCGGUUCAGCACUACACCUUCUUGCCGCUUUCAGUGGUGAUGGGACGCUUCAAUUUCUACAUUAUCUCGAUGCUCGCUGCCCUGAAGCGACUACUGACGGCCAAGAGAUUUCGAGAAGCCUACGGUGGCUUGAUGGACGUCACUGGAAUGGUGUUGUUCUGGAUAUGGUACGCGACGCUCGUGAAGCAGCUGGAUGCGUCCUGGGAGCGCGUGGCCUUCGUGUUGGUCUCCAACUGGACGGUUGGCAUCCUGCACAUCCAACUGGUCCUGAGCCACCUUGCCACAGAGACCUUCACAGCAGAGGAGGCACACACCGUACGGCGUAUGGCGCUCCGACGACGCGAUGAACUCAUCGCGGCGCAUCUUCCGCCAAUCGCGGCGGUGCAGGAGUGGUGA